ACCUCGCGAAUCUCCUCAUCGCUACUCCUUCGUCGCCAUCGCCCUUUUUCCCUGUUUCACUUUCGUCACUCGCCCGACACCAAAUAGAGGCGGAAUACAAGGGGAGAGGAACACGGAGACUGGCCGGUCGUGUGGACGUUUGAAAUCAAGAAUUUUUUAAGCAUAGAGGAAAGAGGGCCGGGAGGGCGUCGUCGGUCGUGACUCGUGGCUAGGGCGGGCGCAGCAGAUCCCAUAGCGAAGAAGAGCGAGAAGGAAGAAAAAAACAGAGCUAGUCGCAAGCCGGGCAAAUCAAUCCUUUGACAAGGGAGGAGGACGCCCGAAUUUCUACCUGCUCUCUUCACACACACACACACGCACACAUUCUUCUCUGCAUCCAUCAACCUUUUGCGAGGGGACGAGAAUAAGGGGGGCGAGGGACGAUUAGGAUACAACCAUGUCAUCCUUUGACGACCCAAGUUCGUUCCUCUUUGGACUCAACCAAUUUCCAACGCCGCCGCAGGACAGCAACCACCAGAGUGGGUCUUCGUCUCACAACCACCACACCAACCCGAGCACCAACGGUCCCGGCACUGCCGCCACGACGGCUGCCUCGACCCCGGCCAAUCUCCGACUGGAUCCCUUUGCGGGCGCAACGGGCGCCGAGCACGGAGAUCCCAGCGACGUCCUCGACGGUGCCGGCUUUGCCGACCAGCUGGCCCUCUGGACCAACGCAAACUUUAGCUUCGACGGCCCCACGGGCCACGCCCUGCUCGGCGACGAAGACAAGGAAAAGGAGGAGGCAGCUGCCAAGAAGGACGAGGAGGAAAAGCGGGCCGGCAAGCGGCCGAGGAACAACAACAACCACAACGACGACGAGUUUCUCGGCGCGGCGGGCAACGGCAAAGCCCGGCAGCGGGACCCCUCGUCGCCGCUCGACGCAAACGAGCCUACGCAUCAGCGCCACAAGGAGCAGGCCGCCCUGCAGCAGCAGCAGCACUACUUUGCCCCACCCACCUCUCGCGCAGACGAGGGCCGCCGCCCUGGCUACGCCAACAACGCCGCCAUGCCCUCGGCAGGCGGUGCACCUCCGUCCUCGGACCGCGGCACGGCUGCCGACCGGGGCAACGACCAGCAGCAUCUGCACCAGCAGCAGCCGCUGCCGCAGGGUAUGCCUGCAUUCAGCCACCAGCCAUUCGCUCCUGGCGCUGCUUUCUCUGGCCAGCAGCAAGCUCCCCAGCUCGAUCUGACGUCCAUCCUCGCCCUCCAGCAGCUCCUCUCCUCCAACCCACUGGCGCUGGCUGGUCUUAGUGGCUUGAGCCCGGGCCUCAACCUCAACAGCAUUCAGGGUAUUCUCCAGGCCCAGCAAGCCCUGCCCCAGCAGCAAGAGCAGCAGCAGCAGCAGCAGCCAUUCGCAGCGGGCCAGUCUCCCCAGUUCUGGCCCUCGUUCAACCCGCAGCUGACUUCGCCCACGUUCAGCACCGCAUUGAACUCGCUUCCCGGCUCUGCUGCUCCCGGUCAUCACGGUCAUGGCCACGACGAUGACGACGAGGUCAACGAGCGCGAGUUGGCCAACAGCAAGGCCCAGUCGGCCAACCGCAAGAAGCCAUCGCUGGGCAAGGCGGCCGCGCGCGACAACCACGACCGUCACGAUUCGCCCUCGUCGAGCGACGGGGACAAGCGCAACUCGAUGAGCGACUCGUCGUCCUCCAAGACCAAGAGCGAGCGCGCAGCUAUCCUUGCAGAGAAGGCCGCCCUCCGCGACGAGAUUCCCCCGCUCCAGCUCAUCGACACGGGCAAUCCUGAGGCCGACGCGGAGGCGAACCGCGUCGCAAUCGAGGAGGACAAGCGCCGGAGAAACACGGCCGCCUCGGCGCGCUUUCGGGUCAAGAAGAAGCAGCGCGAGGCUGCCCUCGAGGCCCACACCAAGGAGCUCACCGACAAGGUCGACAGCCUGCAGCGGGAGAUGGAGAAGCUCCGAAACGAAAACACGUGGCUCAAGGGCCUCAUCCAGGUCCGACCUGCCAAUGCUGAUGCGAGCGGCUCCGCCUCGUCGCCCCAGUCGCCCUCUGCUGGCUCCAAUGUGCAGCAGCAGCAGCAGGCCAUCAAUGCGCUCCACCAGAUGCAGGUCCAGAUCCAGGCCGCCGCUGCCGCCGCCGCGGCCCACCAGCAGCAGCAGCAGAGCCCUCACAACAAGACACAUCUCAGCCCCAUCCUCAGCCGCCAGAGAGAUACUGGUGUCCGCCCCCGCGGCGUGGGCACCAACGCCGAGGCGUCUUCCUCGUCUGCUGCUGCGCACGAAGCCGGCUCAAAGAGGGACCGCGAGGACUGAGAGCUUUCUGCUUAUCCUCUAUCUGGACAAGAUCUCGAAAGAGAGAGGUGGAACAGACCGAAAUAUGGCUGUAGAAAAAUAUCCGAAGGACAUAUGAAACGACCCUUACUUUUCUUCUACUGUCUUCAUAUCCAAUCUUCCCUCUCCUUAUCUUCUUUCCCUUCCUCCUCCCCUCGACCCGGCUUAGAUGCUCUUCUGCUCUCCUUUUCUUUUUAUCCUCCUCCUUCUCUGUUGAUUCUGUACGAAAAGCUUUUCUCUUUGGUUCUCGAAGCGAGGAAAUGAUACGGAAAUUGUGCUUGUUAUCGCUCUCA